AUGACGGAGCUUGGGCAACAUGAAGUGGCUGCUGAAUACGGCCCGACAGCGAAGAAGCCAAGGGCAUCUAAACCGACGAUCAAGUCAUCUCCGGUGGACAACAAGAGAGCCACAUGGACCAGUGAGAUGAUUGCAGAUCUCAUGGCGAUCAGCUUCAGCAAGACAGCGAAGCGCAAGUUCGACGCAUGCAAGACGACAAUCAAAAUGCUGCAUGCUACCGAGGAGACUGGCAACGUGGAGGAAUCAAUCGACUACCCAGACCACUGGCAGAUACUUGUGGAAUAUUUUCAGGAAUGUUCUCGAAUGAACUCGUUGCCAAUUAUGGACUCCAUUCAGGACAAUUUUGACGAGACCCUGGGCGACUCCGACGACGGCACCAGUAGUCCACCAAGCACUGCUGCCAAAAUUCGUCCGGACGCGCACUCUCCAAUGAUUCCUCGGGCAGUCGGAGCGAAGAAGUCGUUGGGUGAUUCGUUGGAGGCGGGGCUUUCCAGAAUGGCAGACGCUCUGGUUACGAUGGCCAAUUCGAGGAUUUGUCUCCACUUGUAG